UCGCUCCAGUCGGCUGCCAGCGCCCAGCAGGCGCCCCCGAGCGCAACCAACAGCUCGCCGCCGCGAACCGAGCCCACCGCGACUGUCCGUGUGUUGCGAUGAAGGUAUAGAGGCCCCCCAUCCGUAGCGCGAUAGUGUAAGCCUUAGCUGUAAGUAGCGGCGAGCAGAGGCCCGGUACGUGUCCUAGCUAGCCGCUCGGUGUCCGCCGCGCCCUCGUCGCGGCCUCGCCCGCUCACCGCUCACCGCUCCGGCUCCUCCUUGAGGAGUUGUUCAUUGCCAUGAAUCCGACUCAUCACUCACCUGCACGUUCCUACAUGACAUACCAACACGAAGCAUUAUUAGGAAACUCGUAUAAUGCUAAAACUACCAAAAGGUCUUAAAAAGAAGAAAAAGGGGAAAAAGUCGAAACGUAAAGGAGAGGAGGAGCUUUUCACCGAAGAGGAACUAGAAAAGUACAGAAGAGAACAUCAACAACAAAAUACAGAAAACGGUGAAGGUUCUGUCAAGGAAAAUGAAGAAUGGUCUAAAUUUAAAGAUUUGACAACUGGUGUCGAUUCUGUUCUAAAGAAAACUCAAGGAGAUCUAGACCGGAUCAAAUCUACUUCAUUUUUCCAACGAAUUCCACCAAAACAAGUUGAACCAGAGAAGAAAGAAGCUCCGCAGAGGCCCGUUGUUGAAGUCACAGAGGCUGAUUUCCCACAGCUUGUUCAGGCUUCAGCGGCAGAACUUGAUGACGCCGAUAAGAGUGAGUACGGAGUAACCGACGACGAAUCUGAAGAAGACGAUCAAGACGAUAUCUUUGAUACCUCUUAUGUGGAUGCAGUUGAGCGUGGAGAGGUAAAGCUCGCUUAUGUUCCUGAUUCACCAGAAGAGUUCCAGGAUGAUGAUAUAUUUGACACUUCGCACGUCGAUGCGUUAAUCAAAGGACAAGAAGUCAAAUCCUCGAAGGGGAAGAACGCAUUAGACAUAGGAAUAGCAGUCAGUGUACUUACUGGAAGAAUCGACAAUUUGACUGUCACCACUAAACGACCCAAAAGAAUAAUUCCAGGUGAUUUACUGUUAGAAAGUAGCGAUAACGUCGAUAGAUUCGUUGAAUCGAGCGUCGUCAGUGAGCCUGUGGAAAAAAGUAUAUUGGAUUUAGAUGCGGAUAUUCCUAUAACGACACCCAUAGACUUGAGUGUUUCUCUUCAUACGUCUUUGAUUCAGCAAAGUCAAAAAGGUGAUACUACUGACACGUCUUUUUCCAAGGAUUGUUUUAACGUUGAGCAGUCUUCAGUGGAUGAGGAAAUUGAUGAAUUUACGCUUUUAGCCGCGAAGUCAAUCGAAGAGAAUACUGAAGUUCAAAAAAUAAGAGAGUCUGAAAUAAAUUUAAAACCUGUGAUACAAGAAUCGUGGUCUGCUUUUGAGGCUGAUAAAAAUGAGUCAGUUUUUGCUGAAGGUAUUGUCGAAGACCAAAUUGAUGUCUUGGAUCCGUAUUUAGACCAAGACGAUCCAUUUGAUACAAGUUUUGCUGAUGCUGUGAUUCCUGCUGUACAAUUUCAAUCUAGCAAGGAAGCAAUUAUUCUUGAAGACGACGACGAUUUUGAUCCACGAGCUGAAGAAGUCCGUGUAAAGUUAAAUAACAGACGAAAAUCAUCAGUUCGUAUUCAUUUAACGGAUCCUUCUGGUAUUCGAGAAUCUAUAACAUCCGAUGAUUUAAUUGAUAAAGAAGAUAAUCAAACUGUGCGUGACUUAUUGGGUGGAAGUACCACAGAUUUAUCCCAGCUAGGUGACUCUCCGUUAGAUCCAGUUGAUGUUAAUAAUUGUGAAAUAGAUCCAUUCGACACAACAAUUGUUGAUAAAAUUGUCGCCCCUGGUAAAGUGGAAUUAAAACUAUUGGAGCAAGAAUUAAUAAGUGCAAAUACUCCUUCAAUAUAUCGGGUACUAAGUGAUCCAGAUUUUGACCCGAGAGCCGACGAGCCGACGAGAACGGAACGUCGAGCAUCGCGUCCUGAAAACCUUGUUGUUAGUAAAAGUGUUGUUUUCAACGUUGAUUCAUCAGGCUCGGUUGAUUUAGACUCAAAAAAUAAGUCAGUAAAACCAGUCACACCGUAUUAUACUCGUGAGCUUUCUAUAACUGAAGACGCCAGUGAAGAAGCGGAAACAGAGGACAUCGUACCGGAUAUUUUAACUCGUACUCGAUCAGACGAAGACUUGGCAACGAAAGUCAAGUAUCAAACUAAAAGACGACAUUCAGAAUUUGCACAAUCAAAUUGUAAAGUUAUAAUAAAACCCAGUGACUUACUUCACAGCGCUGAAGCUGAAAUUAAGGUGAAAGUUCUUACUCCGUCAGAGCCCCAACGGUCGACCGUGGUCCCAGAUCCAUUUGAUACAUCGUUUGCGAGUAAUAUCGCACCUAGCAAAACUGAACUAAAACUCCUUGCCAAAGAGUUUUCUUGUGAGGAAGCAGAUAAUUUCGAGGAAAAGAGUCAAGAUCUUUUAGAUCCAUCUGACGAUAUAUUUCAGGCCAAAGCGUUAACACCAGAACCGUCAAACGCAAACAAGUUACCCGAAACAGAUUUUGACCCAUUCGAUACAUCUUUUGCCGGCGAUCUCAAUCCGGGUAAAACCGAAUUAAAUAUGAAUGAGCCAAGUGCACCGGCAGCCACAGAUGUGCACAAUCCAUUUAUGACAACAGAUACAGAAACAGAUGCGUUUGCCGGUGACAAUCCGUUUGCCGCUAGUAAUCCCUUCUCAGAUUUUGGGGGUGGAUACGAACCGCCAGCCGGGGAUACUGUACCUAUUGAUAUUUUUGGUGGUGUAGAACCAACAGGGAUAGGAGCAAAACAAUUUGAAGGAUUUACUGAAAACUCCGCCCAAUUGGAUAUUUUUACAAGUGGGCCGGAAGAGCACGAUCGAUUAGUCAAGCCAACUGAACUUGAAUUGGUACCAACAACGGCUGACCAACCAUUUUUAAAAGAUGAAGAAAUUCAGGAAGCUCCAUUGCCGGCCCGGCCUCUUCCACCUGAAACUCAGAAUUUAAUUCUGAGUGUAACUGGUCAAAUGGAAUUCACAAGUUCUCAUCUUCUGGAUCGAAUACCACCAACAAGGACUCCCAGCCCAGUAUCAGUGCGAGAUAUUCAUUCUCCAAGCCCGACUCCAGAACCUGAGCCCGCAGAGGAGCCACAAAGUGAGAAUUUCGAUAUCAAUCGCAAUAAGCCAGUGCGGCCACCCCCAGCUCGACCACCGCCCGCGGGACGCCCUCCGCCGCCACGUCCACAGCCCCCGCGGCCCCCCACCGCGCCACCUGUUCCACCGGCUCCUGUCGUUCAGCCCAUUCCAUCGAUGCAACCAUCACAAUAUCUUGAUGACAUUAAUCUUUUUGAUGCGCCCGUUCCAGCGCCUGUAAAACCCACUAAAGAAGCAAUAAUGAGCCUGUACUCAGCACCCAAAGAAGAAACAAAACAGAUAGAUUUCCUAAGUGAUGAUAUUGUAGACGACAUACCUUCCGAUGCAAGUCAUCAGACACCGCAGCCUUUUGGGGAAGAAUUAGUAAUUACUGCGUCUGUUUCUGGUCAAAUGGGAUUUGAAACACAGGAAAAAGGCGUAGCAAGCGUAUCCAGUAGUGCUGCUUUUCUACCACCUAUGGAUACAGUGACAGACACUGUGGCACCUAUGGAUUGCACAGAACCAACAUCAGAAGCGGCAGCUUACCCUACAUCCAAUACUUCGCCAUUUGCAGAGAACAUGAAAGACGAGUUCUCGUCUCCGCAAGCCUUAAAUGGUGACCGAAAUCCUUUUGAAAGUAUGAGCGAACCGUUAGAUACGUCGGAACCGUUUUCAGAACAUGAUGUAUUCGGAGUUAAAUCAGAAGAUAUUGUUAUGGCAUCUAGUGGUGACGUAUUUAAUGCACAAGACAACAUAUUCGAGCCGGUGUCCACGACCGAUAUGGAGCAACCCCAACCUGAUAUAUUUCCCUCAUCCCAAAAUUUUAGUGAUGCGUCUCAACCCUUUAGCGGAAAUGCUGAAGGAGUGUUCGAAACAAGUGGACCUUCACCGUCGACAGACGUAAGCUGGGGUGCGCCUUCGGAAGCAAUGAUGCAGGAUGCUUUCCCUAGAAGCCAAGAUGCUUUCGAUGCAUUUUCAGCAAAGUUCGAUGCAACGGCCUCAAAUAACUUAAAUUCAGGAGCAUGGGGCGAUGAUGCUACAGCAGAAGCCGCACCUGGAGGGUUUGAGGCUGAGGCGUUUGAUGCGUUCCUGAGCAUGGGCGCACCCCCUCCACCCGCCGCCACGCCACGCCUGGACCAUCAGGGUUCGCGAGACUCUACAGACGACACAUUCUCCGUCUUUAUCAGACCGAAAGAUAGCGAAACAAGUGGUGAAGAAACUUCAGUGCCAGUGCUGGCGCCGCCGCCGCGGCCACAGGCACUUCCUGAGUCACCGCGUCUCAACCCCUUCGAUAAAAGCAGCUUCGAGGUGCAACAGCGCUCAUUUUUAAUGUAUGACGUGAUUGCAGACCGAGGCGAUGCCGACGCAGGUAGUGGCGGUGAAACCCCUCCAACCCCGCUCUUCGAUGAAGAUGUAUCUCAGCCGCUAGAAGACUUUCCUCGUACCAAGUAUACGGGGCCAGGCUGGGAGAUGCAUUUGCGACAACCCAACAAAAAAAAAAUCACUGGGCAAAGGUUUUGGAAGAAAAUAUUCGUUCGCGUGACAUACGCGGGCGACAACCCUGUGGUGCAGCUGUUCAACGCGGCCGGCGACAAGGAGCCCUUCCAGGAGCUGCCGCUGCAGGCUUGCUACUCCGUCUCCGACAUCGGCGCGCAGCAGUUCGACCAGUUCGGCAAGAUAUUUACGGUCAAACUGCAAUAUGUCUUUUACAAAGAGCGGCCCGGAGUCAGGCCGGGGCAGGUGACGAAGGCGGAGCGGAUCACCAACAAGCUGUCGCAGUUCGCGGCGUACGCCAUCCAGGGCGACUACCAGGGCGUCAAGGAGUUCGGCAGCGACCUGCGCAAGCUGGGCCUGCCCGUCGAGCACGCGCCGCAGGUGUCGCAGCUGUUCAAGCUGGGCUCGCUGACGUACGAGGACGUGAAGCAGUUCAGCUGCUGCGUGGAGGAGGCGCUGUUCCGGCUCGCCGCGCACCGCGACCGCGCGCUUACCUACAAGAUGGAAGAGGUGCAGAUCACGGCGGUGGACGAGCUGUACGUGGAGCAGGACGCCGAGGGUUCGGUGCUGAAACAGAUCGCGCGCGUGCGACUCUUCUUCCUGGGCUUCCUCAGCGGUAUGCCGGACGUGGAGCUGGGCGUGAACGACCUGCGGCGCCAGGGCAAGGAGGUGGUGGGCCGCCACGACAUCAUCCCCGUCGUCACCGAGGAGUGGAUCCGCGUCGAGGACGCCGAGUUCCACGCCUGCGUGCAGCCCGACGAGUUCGCCAGCACGCAAAUCAUCAAGUUCAAACCUCCCGACGCUUGCUAUAUCGAGCUAAUGCGGUUCCGUGUGCGCCCGCCCAAGAACCGCGAGCUGCCGCUGCAGCUGAAGGCCGUGUGGUGCGUGACCGGGAACAAGGUCGAGCUGCGCGCGGACGUGCUGGUCCCAGGGUUCGCGUCGCGCAAGCUGGGCCAGGUGCCGUGCGAGGACGUCGCCAUCCGGUUCCCCAUCCCCGACUGCUGGAUCUACCUGUUCCGCGUCGAGAAGCACUUCCGCUACGGCUCCGUCAAGUCCGCUCACAGGCGCACGGGCAAGAUCAAGGGCAUCGAGCGGUUUCUGGGCGCCGUAGACACGCUGCAGGAGUCGCUUAUCGAGGUCACGUCAGGCCAGGCCAAGUACGAGCACCAGCACCGCGCCAUCGUGUGGCGCAUGCCGCGUCUGCCCAAGGAAGGACAAGGCGCGUAUACGACGCACAACCUGGUGUGCCGCAUGGCGCUGACGUCGUACGACCAGGUGCCGGCCGAGCUGGCGCGCCACGCGCUCGUGGAGUUCACGAUGCCGGCCACGCAGGUGUCGCACAUGACCGUGCGCUCCGUGUCGCUGCAGGAGCACGACGGCGACCCGCCCGAGAAGUACGUGCGCUACCUGGCUCGCCACGAGUACAUCGUGGGCAUCGAGCGCACGUCGGGGCAGGCGGCGCCGGCGUACGCGCUGGCUACGACUGGCCGCAACGCGGAGCCCGCGCCGGCGCCCGCACCCGCUCCCGUGCAGCCCGCGCCCCCCUCUUCGGACUCCGACUCCGACUGAGAGGCUACGGCGUAGACUUCUCUCACGGAAAACGAUCUCAAAACAAAUUAUAACUAUAUUUUUCAAUAAUAAUGUCCUUAAAAAGCCAUCGUAGGAAGAGUAGAAUAAAGUGAGGUUAUGAUAAGUUCACACACUAGUAUAUUCUGUAUAGUACAUGUAUACAUGCGUCGAAGUAGUGACGGCGUGAUAACGUAGCGUUUUCUAAAGACAAUUGAUAAAGAAAUGUACCAGGAACGCGCCUAAAUGUUUAAUAAAAGUUCUAUAAUAUACAUACCUUUACGUAAAUGUAAAAUAUAUCGUCGGUAUUUAACGUUUUCAUGUGAAGUAUUCAUAUCUACGUGACAUAUUGAAGCGCACCUGCAAAGUUGGAGAGCGUCGGCACGGGGCCUGGCUUCGCUCAGAGCAUAUCGAACCUGUACAUACGUGAGUGCUGGCCGCGGGAGACGCCGGCGCCCGCACUCUACCACUGGUGUCACAGAGGCCUUUAUGUUAGCUCGGGUCCGAGCUGUAUAAUAUAUUACAAUGUAAGCAAUAAUAAUAGUGCGAGUGUUUGGCGAGUGUCCGCGACAGUCGGGCCGGACGACCGCCGCCCGGGCCGCGCCGGCGCGGCGCAGCCGGAGGGACGAGAGGGCGAGCUCAUGUCUCAGCUUAAUCUUAGAAUGUUGAUCUCAUAUAUUUACUUUAGACAAAUGCAACAAUAAUAUAUUUAAAUAAAUAUAUAAAUUAACUAUGAAUUCAAAUAUACAUAUAUAAAGGAUAUAUCUUGUAAAAAUAUAAUAUUUAGUUAGUCGCGGUGUUUACUUUGAAAGUGUAUAAAAAAAGUAGUUAGAUGUUACGCUGUUAGGGAAUCUCAUGUAUAUUGUGAUUUCAUGUUUACGGAGUAGUUCCCAUAUUAUACUUGCAGCCCGUCACGCAGCAGUGUGUGUCGGCGCCCUGUCCCUGCACCACUGAUCCUGAGAGGGCAAUGUGAAAACUUCAACAAAAAUAUCUAUUUAUGUACUUAAUCUUAUUGCUACUCGCGUUACACACAAAUACUAUUAUGAUACGAUACUAUAACUACAUGGAAGUAUAAAGUGAUGUUCUAGCCGCUGUUGGAGAUGUGUUGUGCGUACUUAGUACCUCCGACUUACAUCGUGAACCCUGUUCUGUUGUGAAUAAAGUUUAAAUAUGAGCUUA